ACAAAAAAAAAAAAAAAAAAAGGGUCCGUCCGAACAGUCAAUCAGACGGGAAGGAGUCAUCCGUAGGCCGCCUGUCCGUCCGUUCGUUCGUUCAGUAUCCCAUAUAGUUGGGCUGCAUGCACGCACGCCCAGCCGGUCCGCGAGCUCGCAACAAAUCGAGACGAAGAAGGAAAGAAACGUUGCCAAAAGAAGGCAAGGGGCACUGGGAGGAAAUGGCACGGCCGAGCGAAGAGCGAAGGCUGAUCAGGUUCAUCCUGUCAUGUAAUCGUGGCACCGGCGGCAAGGAAAGGUGCAACGGACGCCGGUGCGCAGGCGUCGUCCUCCUGCCCCCCCCUCCCUCCAAUACCAUCACGUCGCACAACCGGGCGAGUACCUGGCUGCCGACGCGUACGGUACAGCGUAUUUGCUGUACCGUCUCUCUCUGUAGGUACCCGCCCUUACCAUUGAAUGCUAGCCAGCUCCAUGCGGGCGCCCAUGCGCGUGACACCCUGACAAUCAGUGUCAGACACACAGUCCCUGGAGUCCCGGCGACAAGUCGUCCAAGUCGUCGCAGGAUAGAGAGAGAGGAGGUAAGGGAAUCCUCGUCGACGAGGGGGAAAGGAUUUGCCGCCGUUACAGGUUCGCGCGUGGCAGCUGAAUGAUAAACGCCCGACGAAUACAAUGCCCACUGGGAGACUGACCGUAUGGUAUGGGCCAACCGACAACGGUUGAGCAACAGCGGCGGAUCGGAUGUCCGCGUCGAAUGGAAACAGCUAUUUCUCUCUGUCUGUCUCUCGCCGCCGUGAAAAGAGGGUUUCACAAUCUGGUGCGCUGUCAGUUUGGAUGGCCAGCGUCAGCCUGCCUCUUCCCCCAUUUCACAAGUCUGGAGGGGGUGGUACAUAGCGACGACAAUGUAGCGGGUGUGUGUCAAGUUAUUCACCGCCUCCCCCUUUCCUUGCCUCCCCUCUUUUAUGCACAAAUCCCGAUUUAUGAAGGGCCCGCGCGAUAUCCUCUGCAGGGCGGCGGCGGCCAAAAAAAGUUGGCGGUGGUGUGUUGCAUUGG